CCCACCAUAUAUGAGAUUUUAUUUUUAUUCUCUCUUUCUAUUUCUCUCUCUCCUCCUCCUCUUCAUUUUCAAAAUCUGUCUGUCUUCUUUCGCUAACGACUUCAUUUUCCUCCCCUCCCAGAGCAAUGACUACUUCUCCCUCCUAAUUCUCUCCUCUUUUCACUCCACCUCCCUUCUUCUCCCCUCUCUGCUAUUUUCUUUUCUUCGACACCCGACACUUUCAUUAGAUCUAUAUAUUUCCCGUCGCGAGCAAUGUUCCACACUUUCGAAGGCUUCGAAAACCCCACUACCUCGACUUCAGCUCGUGGCGGUCGGGAGCGUCAGCCCUCUAUCGGUCGGCGCGUCACAACUUUGCGUGCUUGCACUUCCUGUAGGCAUCGCAAGAUCAAAUGCGAUGGCGAGAAGCCCUGUGAAGCUUGCAGAUGGUAUAAGAAAGCCGAUCUUUGCCAUUACUCGGAUCCUCGGCCUUCCCGGAGACAUAUUGAAAAAUUAUCGGCAACGUUGGACGAGUAUCGCACAGUGCUGGAGAAGCUUUUUCCAAAUGUAACGCCGGAGGCACUUGUUAAUUUACCGCGCGAAAGGCUCCUGGAGCUGACCAGCAAAGGCCUCGAUCUGGCGCAGCUCCAGCUCCAGCCCCGACCCCAGAGCCAGACCACAGGCGCCCAUCCCGCAUCGCCAGCGACCUCAGGAUCGAUCGAAGCACAUGUCUCUCCAAUCUCUAAUGAAGAUGGGAACUUGGAGUCUCUUCAGACCAUGCCUGAGGAGUCCAGCGAUACUCGCAACUUGAGCCAUGAAAUUACCAAUGCUAUUUCCGAUGAUGUGAACGCUCUUUCUCUUUCCACACGACAGCCUGCUUGUUACCUGGGGGUCUCUUCAAUCCAUGCAGUUCUCAAAGUCAUUAUCUGGCUGGAUCCAGGCUCUGUUUCUUACUUUGCAAGUACCCCUCCAAGUGCUCCGUGCCGGGCCUCAGUAACGGACUUGUCCUCCUCGGAGGGCCCCUGGGGUCAUGACCAAUCCGACUCUCCUCCGCAGGUACAUUUGCAGGUACCCGAGUCUCAGCUAAUUGACGCCUACUUCACCUACGUCCAGCCCUUGACGCCCAUUCUGGAUGAGCAGACUUUCCGCGAGACAUACUACUCUGGACACCGAAAAGAUGACCGAUGGUAUUGCUUACUAAAUCUUGUCCUUGCUCUCGGAAGCAUUUGCGCUUCAACGGCCGAUGAUAUUUCUCACAAGAUUUACUACUCGCGGUGUCGGACCUACCUAGACCUGGAGUCAUUGGGAUCGUCACAUCUAGAAACGGUGCAGACCCUAGGUCUCCUUGGCGGCUGGUAUCUACACUAUGUCGCUCAACCGAACCUGGCAUAUUCCCUCAUGGGAGCAGCCCUUCGCAUGGCGGCGACUAUGGGCUUGCACAAGGAAUUCGCGAACCAGUCGGAUAUUUCUAACAGGCAGAAAAUGGCCUCAUUGGAUCUGAAACGACGAGUGUGGUGGACGCUCUUCCUGAUGGAUACCUGGGGUGGUGUGACUUUGGGCCGACCGACUAUGGGACGAUUCGGGCCAACGAUUACAGUCAAGCUACCCCACCAUCGUGAAACUGGAAAUGUGCUUGACAUCCUCCCGCUCCUAGAAAAUGUCCGGUUUUGCAAAAUUAGUAACCAGAUCCAAGACGCACUCGCGCUCUCCCCCUUAACGAAAUAUAGCGAAAUCAUUCACUUCGAUAAUCAACUGGUGGAGUGGUAUAACAGCCUGCCAUAUAUACUCAAAGAUCACGAACCAUGUCCCGAGUCGAUUGCAACCACGAGAACGAUUAUGAGAUGGCGCUACCACGUGCAGCGUAUCCUUCUUUACCGUCCAACUCUGUUGAGCUAUGCCAUGCGGCGGGUCCCAUACAUUGCACUGAGAUCAGAGGAACGGACAGCUAUCGAAAAAUGUCGAGAAAUCGCAGAAACAGCGAUCCAAGAGAUCUCAGCCACUGCAAAGACUCCCCAGAUGUCUGGCUGGAAUGCCAUUUGGUUUCUCUUCCAGUCUACAAUGGUCCCGCUUCUAGGCUUAUUCCUCAACGAUAGUACCUCUACCGACCCUCGAGCUGCUGUUGAAGCGUGCCAAGCACAGGUGGAGAUGGCUCUGCUUGUGUUUGCACGGCUACGGCAAUCGAGCCCGACGGGCAAGAAAACCCUGGAUGCUGUUUCUCGAAUUCUGGAGGCCAGUAAACGAGGCCCCAGUGUUCCUGGAGAGAACAACAGCGCUGGCAAUGCCAAUCACCAGACUCCUCGUGAGAUCCAAAUUCCUCCUAUGACCUCAGGUGUCCUCCCGUCCCAGAAUGAUGCUGGACGGGGCAUUAUAGGCACCAAUGAAAACGGGUUCACCGAGCUCUUCCCUAUCUCAGGCAUGGAUGAUCCAAAUGGGCAGUACCUGUGGGAUUUCCUGAGCUGGAGCGAUAAUAACCUCGUGCCGAUGGCCGAUAUCGACAACGUUUCCGAUACCUCAUUGCUCAGUGGGGAUGACAGGCAUAUGAGGUACCCAAAUAAUGGAGCCUUUUUUGGCAAUCAAUUAACCGAAGCUCCAUAUUUUGCAAACUCGGCUAUCCCAUAUUAUCCGUGAUUCCACUGGAAAUGAAAAUGUCUUUAAUGAACCAGCAUUUGUCCCUUUCUUUUACGCAUUCUACUUACUCUCUUCACCUUUGCCCACCUCGUGACAGGGAUUUCAUGAUUUGUGCUAUUAUGUUAUUUGAGCGAUAUAUAUAUACAUGAUGGAAAAUACCACUGC